AGAGUCGCGUGUGUUACAUCACAUCAAAAAGAACAAAAAUGUAUUAUAUCGUAGCUAUCGUCGGUAUCAUUUUGUUAUGGACGCUCCAAAAUUAUUGGAAAUGGCACAAAGAAAUCGUCCAGUACAUCGAAAAAAUUCCAGGGCCCCACGCUUAUCCGUUUAUUGGGACUUUACAAAUAUUUUUUGGAGCUAAAAGAGCUGAUAUGUUUAACAGGGUUAAAGAAACGAUCGACAAAUAUGGCACAAUUUUUAGAACGUGGAGUAAUCGCAUCCCUGAGGUUCAUUUUACGGAACCCGAACACAUGGAAAUCGUUUUAAAAAGCUCAAAAUUAAUCACAAAGGGGAGAAUUUACGAUUAUAUUUUGCCGUGGUUAGGCGAUGGGUUAUUAAUUAGUAGUGCUGCCAAGUGGUUCCAACGUCGAAAAUUAAUAACCCCAGCUUUUCAUUUUAAAAUUUUGGAGCACUACAUGGAUGUUUUCUCCCAAAAGAGUCAAAGAUUAAUUAAAGUUUUGGAGAAGGAGGCGAAUGGGAGAGUUUUCGAUGUUUAUCCUUACAUAACUCAUUGUGCUUUGGAUAUAAUUUGCGAAACUGCAAUGGGGGUCACAACGAAUGCCUUGGAGAACACUAAGGAUAAUAAAUACGUUGAUUCUUUGUAUAAAAGCAGCGAGAUGAUCAUUAAGAGGAUGUUCACGCCUUGGUAUCACUCAGAUUUUUAUUAUUUACUCCCUGAGGGGAGGAAAUUCCGGAGUCAUUUGAAGGUUCUUCAUGGAUUCACCAGCAAAGUUAUAUCAGAGAGGCAAAAAAUGUUGAAAGAGAACCCCCAAAACAAAAUAUCUCCCGAGGAUACUUUUAUUAAUUCAAAAAAGAAAUUAUCUUUCUUAGAUUUGCUUUUAUCUUCCAACGAAACCAUCCCUGAUAAAGACAUAAGGGAAGAAGUGGACACCUUUAUGUUUGAAGGGCAUGAUACAACAACAGCUGGGAUUUGUUGGAGCUUAUUUUUGAUAGGAAAUAAUCAAGAAGUUCAAGACAAAGUUUAUGAAGAACUCAAAGAUGUUUUAGGCGACAAAAAAUGCCCAGAAACGAUCUCAGAAUUAAACGACUUGAAAUACUUAGAAUGCUGCAUCAAAGAAGCUUUAAGAGUAUACCCAAGCGUACCAAUAAUAUCAAGAAAAAUGACUGAAGAAGUCGUUGUUGAUGGGUACAAAAUUCCUAAAAAUGCUUACUGCAUCCUACAUAUUCACAAAGUUCAUAGAAACCCAAAGAUUUACCCCGAUCCCAUGAGAUUCGACCCUGAUAGGUUUUUACCAGAAAAUUGCAAAAAUCGCCAUCCUUAUGCCUACAUCCCAUUUAGUGCGGGUCCAAGAAACUGUAUCGGACAAAAAUUUGCGAUUUAUGAAGAAAAAACGAUGUUGGCAGCAAUCUUGAAGAGUUAUAAAGUUACAGCUUUUGAUUCGCAAGAAAAAGUGAACGAAUUAGCUGAGCUUAUUAUGCGGCCUGAGCAAGGUGUUAGAAUUAAAUUAGAAAAACGAUAAUGUCAAUUUAUACUAUUC